GAUCUAGUUUGCUUUCUCUCUUUAACAAUCGAAGGACCCAUUUUUACUUGAGAAUUUCUAAAAAUAUAAAAAAUACUUAAAACUCAAAAUAAAAAAGUUUUUUGCAAAUGGGAAAAAUCAGAAAAAACUAAAAUUAAAGAAUUACAUUUUAAUGAUCUAUACAUUUCAUGUAUAAUAAUACCCAUAUAUCUUUUUAUUGUGUCAUCUUUGCCUCAACCAUCAACCAUUCUGAAAUAGUUUCAUGUUAAAAAUUCACAUGUUGAAAUUCCGUUUGGUAUAAAACUUCAAAUUCCUCUACUUUACUUUGCUAAAAAAUGAGAAAAGCAGCAGUCAUGUCCGGUCGUCGUUGUGUAAUCUGCGGCGAAGAGCCGCCGGCUAAAGACGCGCAGGGCAACGAGGCGUAUGCGUAUCCCAAGACGUCGGACGAGGCCAGAAUCUGGCAGGCCAGUAUGAUGGCCAAGAACUGCUGCCUGGAGAGCAUCCAGAACCAGUGUUGCGUCUGCGUGGAGCACAUUCCCGACUUCGUAAAGCGUGCCAAGAAGAUUGGCCGCCGGCUGAAGACACUGGAGCGGGAAAAGCAGAAACGCCUCGAAGAGGAGGCAGCGGCAGAGGAAGCCUUGGGCUGCCAUUGUCCAGAUGAUGGUCAGCCCGGUCCCGACCGCCCCUCGGUGAAUGUCCUGCUCCUAAAUGGAGCUUCACUGCCCACGUAUUGCGGCCAGGGUCAGUCCUGCGUGAAUUUGCGACCACUUCCAUCGGAAGAGGGCGAUUCGGAAAUGAGGGUAACAAAAUGGUUAAAUCCCAAGGAAUCCGACACGGAGAUCUUUGUGCAGGAGUCGGAAUUUAAGGACACCGGCGGGACUUUCCCGGAUAUCGAUGGCACCGAAGUCACCAUGCUGCGGGCUCCCAUGCAAGAGGAAGAGCAGUUGGAGCAGCUGCAGCAUGAGCUGAAAGAUGCGGAACAGGAGGAGGACCCGAGUGCCAGGAGGCGCCGCAAUAGCUGCAUGCCCGGCUGCACGGAUGUCCUUCUCCUGGGCCGCGGUCACCACCCCACCGACGAUUGUCCUUGCAAGUGUGAGCAGUGCACGAAGCCCUCUGGUUUGCCAGAGAAGGAACCGUGCUGCCAGCCCGAAUGCUGUCCGGAAUCCGAGCCAAACUACUUCAGCCAACCUCCCUGCGGCUGCGAAUGUGAGCAGCAGGUGCGCCGGGAACUCACGAAGGUCAUCAAGACGCAGGGUCAAAGGAUUCGCGAGCUGGAGGAGUUGCUCUGCCGGCAGAAUAAUGUGCGCAACUGUCUGCAACGGAAGUUGGAUGAGUUGUACUGCGAGUUUGGUCGCCUGGAUGAGGAUGAACCAAAUCGAUCGCGACUAACCUGCCCGGGAAGUGAUCGUGGCGCCCCCGAUUGCACCUCUGCUUUGUAUCCAGCUCCUCCUCCGCCGCCGCCCCCGGAACCAGAGCAUGAUAUUCCACAUAAAAGAUACCGAAAGAGCCGUCGAUUGACCCUUUUGAAGGCCACUAUUUCCGAGAAUAAGAUUUCAACGGAGGAGCAGGAACCUCCGAUGCCAGAGGAGGGUGAACGGGUUCACUGGUACGCAGAGAAAAAUGUAGAAUCCGAGAAGAUCAGCCAUAUUCCUCGGUGGGUCCACAUGACGAAUAAAGAAGAGAUUGAGUCGGAAAGCAAGAUAGCCAUUCGAUUCGGGCAAAACAACACCUACUUAGUACCCACGGAGAACGAAUCCCACUACACGAUCUCCACCUCGAAUACCAGGUCUCAGAAGUCCACUUCCAACUCCAACUCCACCUAUUCCGUGUCCAACAGAUCCCGUACUUGAUGUGCCCGUCUGCCACCCGUUACCCAAUCCCCUCGCCCCCCAUCGCAUCUCCCUGUCCCUGUGCAAUCAUGCAAAUAAAAAUAUAUUCUUUUUUCCGGCUCUGUGCAAAUGUUUUUAACCCAAA